AUGUCGCGCCGGGGCUUCACGCCAGUUGCGCUGUCGCCAGCGGCGGGUCUCGUUGCGCUGCUGCUCGUCGCAGCGGCAGCUGGCGGAGUGCGCGGAUCAAGCGGGAAUGCGGCGCUACCCCGCAAGCUGGCCGCGGGCGGAAGCGGAAACAGUAAUGCCGCGGCGGACCCCGCCGCGGCGGAGCUAGUGAAGAAUUCCGCCCAUGCUUCCGGCGCGGAAGGGGACGGGCUUGUAGUGAAGGAUUCCGCGCCUUCCGCCAGCGGUGAGGCGGAGGCGGAGGCGCAGAUUCCGCCGCUGCAGCUGAUAAUUGCGGAAGAAGGGCGCGCGGAGGGCGCAGUGUGCUUGGACGGAUCGGCCCCUGGGUUCUACUAUCGGAAGGGCUACGGCUUGGGACGCAACAACUGGGUGCUGUUCUUCGAGGGCGGCGCGUGGUGCGCGACUCCCCACGGCUACGCGUACAGGGCGCACACGCGCCUGGGGUCGACGGACCGCGCGCUUUCAGUGGCGGAGAUGGUGGAUGUGCAGAGCGGCAGCAUGAACGGCAUGCUCAGCUCAAAUAAGACCGUCAACCCUGGCUUCUACAACUGGAACGCCGUCUAUUUCAUCUACUGCGAUGGCGGCUCCUUCUCAGGCCACCAAGACGAGCCCGUUCUCUUCAAUGGCAUUCCGCUGUACGUGCGGGGAAGGCGAGUGGCGGACCUGCUGCUGAAGCACCUCGUGGAGAAGAAGGGGCUUGGCCACGCGGAGAAGGUGGUGGUGUCGGGGUCUUCAGCGGGAGGGGUGGCGGCACUGCUGCUCUGCGAUCGAGCGAGGGACACUCUCACAGCCGCCUCUCCCUCCAUGCACGUCCGCUGCCUUGCUGAUGCCUCCAUGUUCCUCGACGUACCAGAUGUCAACAACACCAGAAGGGUUGCCAAUUUCUUUGCUGAAGUGCACGACAUGCAUGUGAGCAAGUUUGGACAUGCAUACUACCGCAAGGCAGUGGCAUCAGCAGCGGCUCCUCUCCUCCACACCGACCCACCAUCAUCCACCACUUCAUCACCAUCUCAACCGCACUCCACACCUGCCAACGCCGUCUUCCUCUUCUCCUGCUUCCAGCAUGGCUCCAUCCACUCGGACAUGCCGUGGACUGUGCGCACGGCAAAGGGGGUGGUGAGUUAA